CACAAAAGAAAUAUGGAAACAGUUUCUUAACAGAUGAAAAACCUGAACCAAAAAAAUUAAGAACUUGCAGCUCUUGAAAAUCGAUUGAUUUAAUUAAAAUAAUAACUAAAUUUACAAGAAGCUAACAAUAAUAUUGUUUAAGCAAAAGUAGACAAAAUAGUUCAUGCUAAGAAAUAGAAAUUUGAAGAUUAAAUGGAAGUAUGUCAUUGCUGAUAAAUUAUAUAGCUGAGUAAAAUAAUAGAAGCAAACAAUAUUAAUGAUAAUGGAAUACAUAAUUUUAUCAGAAGAAACAAACAAUAAUAGCAGGAAGAAACAAAAAAGAUGAAGUAAGAUAUGCUUGAUGAGAAAUGUUUGAAAACUGCAUUGGUGAAGUAGCAAUUGACAUUAUAGAUGUAUUAAAAUAAAAAGAAAAGAGAAGAAGAGCUUUUAGAAAAACAAUAAUAAUAUGCUAGAGUAUUUGAUUUUCUUUUUAGAUGUAGAUCUCAGAAUGGGAGUUCAAUAUGAAAUAAGAUUUAGAAUAAAAGAAAGCAGAAAAAAUAGAGAGAAUAAGACAAGAAUAAAAUUUAUUUAAGGAUUAAAUUGGUAAACGAUUGUAGGAGUAAUAAGCAUUAUGUGAUUAAAUGAGUACUGAAGAAUAGCGUUUGCUAAAGUAAAUUUUGACUUAAAUAACUUUAGUAAAUUAAAGGAUUCUUAAAUGCAUGGUAAUACUUUGAAAAAUAAUCUCAUGACUGCUCUGAAUUUAAGCAUCAAAGAAUAUAAUAGUAUUUCAGGAUUACGACCUUCAAAUUCCAAAUCUAAUAGUUUAUAAAAAUUACCUAAAGAAUCAUAGAAUAGUCCUUAUGCUCAAUUACCAACAAUGUUGUAAUUGAAAGUAAAUGGUCAAUGGAGCAAUUAUUUAAACAGUAAUUCAUCUUUCCGUGAAUCUUUGAUGAAAGAGUACUAAUUUUCACUCCCCUCCUUAUGUAAACCAUCUUUUAAUGAACAACAAUAAUAAGUAGAACGAUUAUAUCAAUCUAAAAUAAUUAAGAAUAGCAAACAAGAUUUGUAAUCUAUUCUAAAUUAUUGUGAUAAUAAAAGCAAAACUUCAUCUACUAAAUACAAAGGUAGAAUGAAUUAAAGUGAAGUUCUUUCUUCAGAUAAUCAUUCUAUUUCCUCAAAAUAAAAUCGUAAAAUAUCUCAACAACAGUCUAUUAGUAAAUAAUAAUCGAAAGAGUUCGAAAAAAGUACUUUAAAUUAAUAAUAAUAAAAUUGA